AUGCAUGACCAGAUUCUUGAUAUGCACUUUUGGGACAAUGUGCGUCCGUUGAAAAGCAUGUUGGGCUCGAUGACCUUGGUCUUUGAUGUCAUUUUGAACGCCCCCGAUCUUGAAAAGAGUUUGAAAAAGUUGAUCGAGAUGGAUGGUUGGAAUCGUCUUGGUGCUGGCUUACGGGCCAAGCCGAUGAACAGCUUUUUUAUCUCGGUACCACGCCAUUUCGAGAGAGAACGUCCUUCGGUCAUGUUCACGGAGGAGCACUACAGCAUGCCAAUGAAAGACCACCCAGUUGCAUCCCAGUUCCCCAAGGCUGGCUCUCACCCAAGCAUCCACCCAGGCCCGGAGACUUUCAGGUCCCUGGCGGUGCACAAUGAGUCGCCCAAGUCGGUGACUGGUUUCCUCUGGAAGAAGAACCCGUUCAUUCAUCUCCACGUUGUUACCUUUGAUGAUGGAACCUUGGUCUCUCUCUUGUGGCCACACGUCAUGUGCGAUUGUAUUGGCUGGGCGAUCAUUUUGAGAAGCUGGGCUGCCAUCGUCGCUGGACGUGGUCACAACGUUCCCAAGUUCAAUGGUUACUACCGGGAUGCGAUGGAGCGUCUUGGGAAGACCCCUCAGCCAAAAAAGUCAGUCCUUGAGACACGCUUGACGACGCUUGCUGGUGUCAAAGCCAAGGGUGGGUGCAUCAUGCGAUCGUUGUCUUUUGUUCCUCACAAGAUGGAAUCACGGAUCUUCUGCCUGCCUGCCGAGUUUCUUCAGAAGACCUACGGGGCUGCUGUUUCCGCGGUGCCCCACGAUUUCCAUCUCUCUGAAGAUGAUGUGAUCACAGCGUGGGCAACUCAGAUACUGUGCAAGCGUAUGCCAACUUCCAGCCGCGCCGUGGCGAUUUGCAAGUUCUUUGACUCUCGCCCUCUCUUGCACGAGGCCUUCUCUAAGCACGGUGUUUAUGUCCAGAAUGCUUCGUUUCCAUAUGUCACUAGAAUGACUGCUGCUAGCAUCUGCUCCAACCCAAUCAGCAACGUCGCCAAAGAGGUCCGCCUCGCGUUCAAUGAGCAGGCACGUCGUGAUCAACUCCUUUCCUUGGCUGAGCUCAUGCGUAAAGACCACAUUGCCAACAAGAUUCCUCUUCUGGCGAGACUCGAUGCGCAUCCAGUCAUUUUCAUCAACUGGAACAAGGCAAAUAUUUGGUCUACUGUUGACUUCACCGCGGCCACCUUGCCCUCUGGCGAGGCAGAGGACAACGGCGACACCAUCAGCCCGGAGGUUCGCGCUCGGCCUGUGUAUUUCCAUUCCGAUCUUGUUGGGGAGCACGACCUUUCGCAGCACGAAGUAUUCGCCAUGUACGGCAAGGAUCCAAAGGGGAAUUUCUGGAUGAGUGCAUCCUUGCGCCGCGAGUCGAUGCGUUGCUUCGAGCGCGAGUUUCACAAGAUAUCUAGCAAGUGA